UUGGGGGCCCCCGGCUUCCUAUCGCGGAAUGCGAACUCGUGAUCCCAGACUCGAUCCCGCUUGACUAGUCCUUGGAGUUUGGUGGGGGGAGACUUUCCCCAACUCUUCAGCCCCCAGAACAGGUCUGCGGGAGUUGGGCUUAGCCAGACCUGCCCGGGGCCCUGGCCAAAGCCAGCACCCGGCUGCCCCCGGCCCACGAAGGGGGUGUGCGUGCGCUGUGCCAGAGUGAUUACUCAAGGAGUGCUGGGAGAGCCAGGGGUUCCCUUUCCCACAGACACAACGCGUUUCUCAAAAUGGAGCCUCCACUUGCCCCUCCUCUCUCGGGCUCCCGCUCUUGGAGCCCGGCUGGCUGGGCCUGGCUUUCCAGAGGCCUGGCUCUGGCUCCUUGGGCGUCUGGCUCUCGGGGCCCAGCUUCCAUGUCUCUUCUGGGUUUAGGGGCCCCUGGCUCUGUGGGGUUCAGGUCCCUGGGCUCACUGGUUCAGCCUGUCUCCCUGUCUGCCUGACCCUGGGGUCUCUCUUGAGUCUUUGUCUCUGGUCGUUUGGGCCCCUGUCUUUCUCUGAGUCCGCCUGUCUCCUCCCCUUACUUCUCACUUUCUCAGUGCUCACUGAAGUGGGCAAAUGCAGACAGAGGUGCCAGCCUCCACUGCCCCCUAAGAAGCCCCUAACCCCACAGCUUUCUCCAUGCCCUGGAGUGGUGGGGGAGAGGGCAGAGAGGCGGUGCCCCGGCUGCCUGGCUCGGGGCUGGCACUUGCCGAUGGGCUCAGCGCACCCCCACCCCCCCACCCCCGCUUCCAGGCUCAGUCUGGAUACCUUCCCGGUUCUCAUGGUCUCCUGACUUGAGUGGGGAGUGGAGGGGGAGCCUCGUGCGAUACAAGCAAGAAAGAAGGGGAACGGACCCGGCACAGGAGUCAGAUAAUGUGUCUGUCCUUUCCCCACACUCGAAUGAGUGACAGAAACCAGGCUCCUGCUCACCUAGGUGCCCCUGCUUGCCACCCAGGCUCCCACCCACUCUCACACAUGCUCUGUGCACACAGUGCUCUGCACCCGCUUGUGCACACUCACUUCCCUGUUCGUAUGCAGUUUCCACGUAAACUCACGUACAUGUGAAUGGACAUCUAUCCAAAGAUGUUCUCUUCUCUCACUCACGUUCAUACAGCACAAAUUUACUUACUACAUACGCAGUUACCACUUUUACGUAUUUCCUAAGAGUGAUCCGGAGGCACGCACAUACUCGUGCACAUAUGAACUCACACACACGAAUAUACGAAUGUACUCCUACCUCUAAUCAAACAUACAUACACUCAGAUGCACUCGCGUUUUCACACAUUUUCACAUACACGCGAAGUAAGUUCACUUCCAUGCGCCUGUGCACAGCCCGAGACACACCGAUGAGUACAAACGGACACUCCUGUUCCGACUCGAUUCUGUCCGCUUCUUGGCCCCCGCUCUGCCUGAUGGUUUCAGCAGAUGCCUGAGUCCUGGUCUUCGGCCUCAGGACUGGGGAGGGAGUUCCGGGCGGAGACUUGCUGUCCGCUUCCAGGAAGGAGCAGAGCCUGGGGAGGUGGAGCCCUCUUCCCUGGGUUCCAGGGAAAUGAGAUCUUAGAGCAGCUGCCAAAGGUGAUGGUGGGGCUUCUACCCUCAUCCCCUCCGGGUUACUCUGGGGAAUGUCUAAAGCCGCAUGGUUUCUUAGAGGUUGGUGGCAUGCCUGUGUAGGCUCCUUUAGGCCUGAUUAAUUGGGUAUGGCGAGGCCAGGAAUUGUCAUGGAAACACGCGUGAGCCUGUAUCCACCUCUGGAAGGCGGGAGACCCCAGAGGGCACCUGUGGGCUCCCUAAAAGCUCUGGGUUUCUUGUUUGGUCAGCUCCACCCUUGCUGCCUCUCUGUCUGGGAGAAACUGAGGCCCAGCUGGGGGAGGCUGGGCACUGCCUGGCCUUGGCUCUUUAUUCCCUAAUUGCCAUCUGAGUUGCUGCUGACUCUGUCCCUGAGGUUGCCUGUGCCCAAACUGCCCUCUAAUGAGGCCACCUGUCCUAGGGGACCAGGAACAUGUGCUGGGAGCUGGCAGAGAGCUCCCUCCUAAACUUGAGUCCUAGCCUCGAUGAGGGAUGCAGGUUUAGGCUGGGGCCUGGGCCUCUGCUGUUAAGGGCCCUGCGUAACCACCAGGCCUCACAUCCCAUCAUCAUCUUUGCUUGUAAAGUCAGUCGUUAGCCCUGUUCAGACCAGAGUUGGGCAGUGGCCUGGGUCCCAGGAAGAAGUCAGGUUCCCCUGGAGGCCCUUGGCCAGGCCUGAGCCCCUGUCGCCAUGGCCAUUGUGCAGACUCUGCCAGUGCCACUGGAGCCCACUCCUGAGGCCACCACUGCCCCACAACCUCCAGCCAUGGGCAGCGUGAGCAGCCUCAUCUCAGGCCGGCCCUGCCCUGGGGGGCCAGCUCCUCCCCGCCACCACGGACCCUCUGGGCCCACCUUCUUCCGCCAGCAGGAUGGCCUGCUACGGGGUGGCUAUGAGGCACAGGAGCCACUGUGCCCAGCUGUGCCCCCUAGGAAGGCCGUCCCUGGUACCAGCUUCACCUACAUCAACGAGGACUUCCGGACAGAGUCACCCCCCAGCCCGAGCAGUGACCUUGAGGAUGCCCGAGAGCAGCGGGCACGCAAUGCCCAUCUCCGCGGCCCCCCACCCAAGCUCAUCCCUGUCUCUGGAAAGCUGGAGAAGAACAUGGAGAAAAUCCUGAUCCGCCCAACAGCCUUCAAGCCAGUGCUGCCCAAACCUCGAGGGGCACCAUCCCUACCUAGCUUCCUGGGUCCUCGGGCCGCCGGACUGUCUGGGAGCCAGGGCAGCCUAACACAGCUGUUUGGGGGCCCUGCCUCGUCCUCCUCUUCCUCCUCCUCCUCGGCUGCCGACAAACCCCUGGCACUGAGUGGCUGGGCCAGUGGCUGCCCAUCGGGGACACUGUCUGACUCCGGCCGAAAUUCACUGUCCAGCCUGCCCACCUACAGCACCGGGGGUGCAGAGCCAGCCAACGGCUCCCCAGGCGGGCACCUGCCCUCCCACGGCCCCGGGCGGGGGGCACUGCCGGGUCCAGCCCGAGGGGCCCCUACUGGGCCCUCCCACUCGGACAGUGGUCGGUCUUCCUCCAGCAAGAGCACAGGCUCCCUGGGAGGCCGUGUGGCUGGGGGGCUCUUGGGCAGCGGUGCCCGGGCCUCCCCUGACAGCGGCUCCUGUGGGGAGCGCUCUCCGCCCCCGCCCCCACCCCCGCCACCCCCUUCGGAUGAGGCCCUGCUGCACUGUGUCCUGGAAGGAAAGCUCCGAGACCGUGAGGCAGAGCUGCAGCAGCUGCGGGACAGUCUGGACGAGAGUGAGGUGACCAUGUGUCAGGCUUACGAGGACCGGCAGCGGCACUGGCCGCGGGAGCGCGAGGCCCUGCGGGAGGACGGUGCAGCCCAGGCACAGCGGGCACAGCGAGCCCAACAGCUGCUGCAGCUGCAGGUAUUCCAGCUGCAGCAGGAGAAGCGGCAGCUGCAGGACGACUUUGCACAGCUGCUGCAGGAACGGGAGCAGCUGGAGCGGCGCUGCGCCACCUUCGAGCGGGAGCAGCGGGAGCUCGGGCCGAGGCUCGAGGAGACCAAGUGGGAGGUGUGCCAGAAGUCAGGCGAGAUCUCCCUGCUGAAGCAGCAACUGAAGGAGUCUCAGGCGGAGCUGGUGCAGAAAGGCAGCGAGCUGGUGGCACUGCGGGUGGCGCUGCGAGAAGCCCGAGCCGCACUACGGGUCAGUGAGGGCCGGGCGCGGGGCCUGCAGGAGGCGGCCCGGGCUCGGGAGCUGGAGCUGGAGGCCUGUUCCCAGGAGCUGCAGCGGCACCGCCAGGAGGCCGAGCGGCUGCGAGAGAAAGCCGGCCAGUUGGACACCGAGGCCGCCGGACUCCGGGAACCCCCCGCGCCACCUGCCACCGCCGACCCCUUCCUCCUGGCGGAGAGCGACGAGGCCAAGGUGCAGCGGGCAGCGGCCGGGGUCGGGGGCAGCCUGCGGGCCCAGGUGGAGAGGCUGCGGGCAGAGCUGCAGCGGGAGCGGCGGCGGGGCGAGGAGCAGCGGGACAGCUUCGAGGGCGAGCGGCUGGCCUGGCAGGCGGAGAAGGAGCAGGUGAUCCGCUACCAGAAGCAGCUGCAGCACAACUACAUCCAGAUGUACCGGCGCAACCGGCAGCUGGAGCAGGAGCUGCAGCAGCUCAGCCUGGAGCUGGAGGCUCGGGAGCUCGCCGACCUGGGCCUGGCCGAGCCGGCCCCCUGCAUCUGCCUGGAGGAGAUCACCGCCACCGAAAUCUAGGGCCCUCGGCGUCCCGGAUCUGCGGGGAGCCUUGCCGAAGGGGGGGGGGGGGCGGGAGCCUCAGGUCCACUGAGGGCCCCAGAGCCGCCCGUCCCCCCGCCCCGGGGGUCCAGGCCUCUGGGCCUCUGCCAAGAACUUGGGGCUGCCCUGUGACUCGGAUGAGCAAGAUCAGACUCCUCGAAGGUCCCCGUGUUCACUGUCACACAGAGGCUCCUGCUCACUCGACCCGUUUCACUCCCCAGCUGCCGCCAUUGCCACUCUGCCGACCGCAUUCAUCCCAGACGCCCGGGGUGGGUGGGGGGAACGGGGGGUGCUGGGAAGAAGAAGGGGUUCCCUCGUUUCCACACUCCCCUACCCCGAAGCCAGAGAGAGCCAGACAGUGCCAGCUGCUCCAGAUGUGCCUGCCCCCACCCUGCCCGUGUCGGGCGACAGGGCUGGGACUGGGGUCUGACCCCCAGGUUCCAGCUCUGCAGCCUGUCUCCCAGGGUGAGGGGCUGUAGUCAGACCAAAGGAAGAACUCAGAAACGUCUUGUUUAUUUGUGUUUGUGACCAAGUGGCCCCUCCCCACACCCAGGUUUAUGGCCUCGUUUUCACUUGUAUAUUUUUCCACACUGUAAAUUUCUUGUACAAACCCAAAGAAACAAAUUAAAAAUUUUUCUGUUUGUAAAAAAA